AUGGCCGACUUGUUGCUCCGCCUCACGCUGACCUGUGCUCGCCUUAUGGCCGAACUGUUGCUCCGAGUCCGCCUGACGAGCCACCUGUUUCUCCGGAUCUGUUUCUCCGCCUAACGGCGACGUGUUUCUCCGGACCUGUUUCUCCGCCUAACGGCGACCUGUUUCUCCGGACCUGUUUCUCCGCCUAACGCCCGAGCUGUUGCUCCGCCUAACUCCUGACCUGUGCUCGCCUCACGCCCGACAUGUUGCUCCACCUCACGCCCAGCCUGUUGAUCGGUGGACGGGUAAGCGCGCAUGGCAUCGGAAGGAGCUCGAAAAGUAUAAGAUGGAUAAUUGCGUGAAAAUCAAACUAAAAGAAUGCAAUCUUGAGGAGUUAAUCCCCACAUUUGAAGCACAGGAGCGAACCUUUCCUCGUUUUUAGGUCAAUUUGAAUACAAUUCAGAGGGGUGGCAUGGGGGCGCAGUGGGUAGUGCUGUCGCAUCACAGCAAGAUGGUCGCUGGUUUGAGCCUUGGAUGGGUUUCCCCUCCACAGUCCAAUGACAUGCGGUGUAGCUGAAUUGGAUUGGGACCAAUAUUGCUGAGUAUCUUCAUCCAUUGAAUUCAAGAAUCUAUUGAGUUUCCUCAUGUUCUCAUCCUUGGAGACCACCACUUCUUUCAAGCCUUUGCUCACGUGCUGUGCUAUUUAUUAUUGCAAAGUACAUUACUUGCCAAAGUGGACGUUUGCUAUAAAGCAUUCUACAUCUUUGGUGUGAACUACCCCAAGCAGUGUUCCCUGGUGUGGCAGACUGUGGUUUAUGGACAUCCUGGGGAGGAGACACUAGCAGUAAGGGUUCUGCUAGCAUUAAUUUUUGCUGACAAACAGUAAUAAUUAAUACUGUGACCUCACUGCUUCCUUGGAUUCUGUGUUCUUUAACUUGUACUUUGGAUUGUGGGGGAAAAGGAGCACCCAGAGAAAACCCACACGAACACGGGGAAAACAUGCAAACUCCACACAGAAACACCAACUGACCCAGCUGAGGCUUAAACCACCGACCUUGUUGCUGUGAGGCAAUCGUACUACCCAGUGUGCCACCAUGACACCCAUUUCUAAAGAAUAGUUUUAAUAACUCAUUUCUAAUAACUGAUUUCUUUUCUCUUUGCUAUGAUGACGGCACAUAAUAAUGGACUCGAUAUUUUUUAAGACACUCUACACUGCAGUUACAUUGCAACUAAUGUUUCUUACAGACUCUUUUAUAUCUCAGGAUUGAUGUUUGCACAUGAUUGUUCGAGUAAAAGUUAAAAAAAGUUUUCCUAUUUCAAAUUUGUUUUAAAAUGCUUCCAUCCUCAGGUUUCAUUUUAACUUUUAUAUCUGUUUUUUCUUCAAAACUGCAUUUACAUUGAACUUGAUCAUCCUUACUGAUGAUUGCUUUAUAGCUCAUAUAUUGAUGUUUGCACAUAAUUGUUAAAGGGAAAGUUAUAAAAUGUUUUCUUAUUUUUUCUUAAUAUAAAAUUUGUAUUUUCUUAGUUUUUAUUGUUUGUUUUGUUUUUUCAAGCUGUUUGAUGCCUUUUCAUUAUUACUUUCACAUAUUUUUUUCUGCAUUGCAGUUGAUGAUUUAUAUGAGAAUAUGUUGAUGUUUGUGCUCAAAUUACUUUCUGACUUCAGUCAUUUAGAUGCAUUUUCAUUAUUACUUCCUUAUACUAUUGUUUUUCUCUACUCUGCAAUAACAUUGCAAUUGCCUUACUGAUGAUUCCUGAUUUAUAAAUGAUGCAAAUGUUUUUGAAUGUAUUUCAAAUAUGCAUUUUCUUAAGGUAAUUUGUCUGAUUUCAGUCUGAUGCAUUGUUACUGAACUUUAGUCAGUGUUUCUGUGAUACAGUUUGAUAAAUUUUCACAGAAAUCGUCUUAACCCUUUAA